AUGACAUCAGAGGCAAAGUAUGAGACAGAAUCAUUCGGGAAGGAGACUGAGGGAUCGAUGGUGAUGGGAGAUGAUACUUUAGACUCUAGUAAACAGUCGAGGUUUGAUGCUGCUGCAUUUUAUGAAGCCAUAAAGCCAUCGAAGUUUGGAGCAAACGGAACCCAAACAGAUGACGACCAUAUUUGUAGGUAUAAUCUAGUGGAGGAGACGAUAAGACGCCCCCAGAACCGCCUCUGCCAAACCCCAAAGAGCAGGGGAGCCAAGACACCGUGGCUGUGGAAGCCCACCGGCGCCGGCCAAGAAGUGAUCUGCACGAAGAGGAAGAAGAAAGAAGGGAGAGAAAAAGUUUUUAGAGAGAGAAAAGUGAAGCUAUGA